CUUCCAUGAUGUCUACGUUCUCUGUCUAUAGCCUCAUACAACACCACCACCUCAAAAUGACCUCUACGAAGAACUAGACAUCCCCUACACACUAACCCUGCACCCACGCGCGCCCCUCCUCGCCCCGCAAUCCAUCAAAGACCUUAACCUAAUCGGCCAGGGCCCCGUCAUCCAAGACGGCAGCCUCACGCUCGCUGAAUCCGCCGCCUGCGUUGAAUACAUCAUCCACAAACACGGCGGCGGGCGGCUCGCGCUUCCCCCUCGCACAAGGAUUAUGCCGACUACCUCCACUGGUUCUACUUCGCGAACGGCACGCUGCAGCCGCAACUGAUGAUGCUGAUGCAGUCAUUGGGCUUCGAAAGCUCUGGGUCCGCUGGUCCCUACGCCGCGGCCCAGGCCGGGCGCUUCGAGUACAUGCUCAAGCUGAUGGAUGCGCAGCUCGCGAAGAACGACUGGCUGGCGGGUGACGAGUUCGCGGCGGCGGACAUCAUGACUGUGUUUACGUUUACGACGAUGCGGCCAUUUUAUCCGUCAGACUUGACAUCGUAUGAGGGCAUUCUGGGGUAUCUGGGCCAGGCGGUGCAGAGGGAGGGGCAUAAGCGGUCGAGGGCGAAGGCGGACCCGAAGCUGGAGCUUAUGGUUGAUGGGGAGCCGCCGCGGUCAAUCUGGGAGCGGUUGUAGGUGGAGGGGAAGAGUUAGGGGGGUGUGAGGGUUAGGAUGGCGUUGGAUGAGGCUUGUACGAUUAUGGAAGAGCUUGGCGUCUAAACUCCUUUUUAUGCGAGAGUAGCUAGAGAAGAGACGUGGGAGAAGGAAGGAAGUCGCGAGUAGUGUUCGAUGCGAGACAGUAGGUCAUGUUUCUUUACAGCUGAGAGGGCACUAGCGGUAAUGCAAAACUGGGUGCCUCGAGGAUCUGCCAUAGGGUCGACCUGGUGGCACCUCUCAUGGAUCGUUGCAGUCUGCAUCAAUCAUAAAGAUGAAGUGGAGAGGAGUGAGCAGGUGAAGCAAAUGAGAGAGAUCUAUGCUAAGGCUAACCGGACCGUUGCUUAGCUUGGAUUAGCGGCUGAUGAGAGCGAUAUGGUUAUCAACUUACUGACUAGAAUAGCCAGAGAUAUUAAUUCGGAGGUAGGAUGGAAGACACCAGAU